UGCACGGCCAUGGCGGAUGCCCGAAACGGUGGGGGAAGUGACGUGGACAAGGGCGCGCUGAGCCCAGGUGUCGCUGGAGUUAUCCGCAGCGCGCUGCGGACAUCCCUUCGAUCCCUCGCACCAAAGCUGGCUCGAUAUCGUCCACUUUUUCGGCCUCCUCGAGUACCCGUGAAGGAAGGCACAGCCAUGUUCCACGGGGUGCUGGAAGCAGCGCAUCAUCAGGCUGUGCACAGCGCACCCGAACAUGAAAAGGGAUACCUUCGACAACGUUUGGUGGCUCAAGCACCCGGGCUUUUUCGCACUGCUGCAUUGGGAUUCGCAAUGUGGACUGCAUACGACGUUGCUAUCGAGCACUUGUCGGAGAGUCGACGUGCAGACAAGUCUCUAGGUUCGACCGCCGUCUUCUCGAUGAUUGCUGGCGGUUCAGCUGGGGCUCUUCACGGGUGCCUCACUGGCGUCACGGACAAGUACUUCCACCAGCACGAUGGUCCGCACCGACCGCGUGGCGUCGCCAUCAGCCAUGGGGUAUCCCACAUGGGCAUGUUCGCGUCGUACGAAACGAUCAAGGCGUACCUGGUCGAUUAUCACGAGUGGCAUGCCACGUCGGCCAUCGUCGCAGCCGGAGCCGUGUCAGGCAUCGUGGUUGAUCUGGUAUCGCACGCCACGGCGCCGUUCGAGCGCCAUGACUUUGCGGACGCGUGGCGACAUUUGAAACAUGUGAAGAUGCCGCCCCUGGCCGAAUUGGCUAUCUCCGCCGGGGCCACCGUCGUGGGUUGGAUCGCGUUCGAAAAGGCAAAAAACGUACAAAUGGACCAUCAUGCUCCAUGACGCCCGAGCGAACUGGGCCACCACCGCGGCGACGAGGCUUGUUCAGCGUCGUCACAUUCCCCACAAGUCCAAUGCUCCUUUCACGAAACCAUCCG